AAGAGCAAGAGCAAGAGGUAAACAAACAAGGCAUCGGCGAACAUUCCUCGCCUGGCGUCGCCUUCAAACUUCAAUAUUUGGGCACAAGGAGAAAUAUUUGACAGUAAUAAUCAAUAACGGAGCCUCGUAUCAAUACUAUGCCCAGAAGACCGUUUAAGUGAAAAGUAAGUUACGUGUAUAACCUGAUGCAGCCCAGCACCAGUUACAUUCAUGAAGGUCAUAAUAAAAGGAAGAAAGGCCACUCUAUGAAUACCAGGGUAGAGCAGAUGAGAAGAUGGCAACACACUCUGCCAAGCGCCUCUUGUCCAACACUGUUGAGAACUUGACAGUCAAGUUCUUCCCAGGAAUUUCUUUCAGUCAGUUGAGUGAAAAUUCUUAUGGGAACGAGGCGGUGGCCAGUCUCCCUCUACAGAUGGUCCUGUACUUCUCAACCUUAUUCUUCCCAUGCUGGAUGGCAGCCUCAACUGUCAUGAUUACUACGAAGUUCCAGCAUGUGUCCAGCCUGUAUCAGUGGAUCCUGGUGGCCAUCUAUACAGCACUGCCACUCAUUGAGGUGGUGCGGCUGUACAUUGGGAACCUUGGUAACACUGAGGAGAAGGUCCCGGAGUUGGCUGGCAGUUGGCUCCUGACACUGCUUCUCCAGCUUCCACUACUAAGCUUCAUCCUGCUGGUCCCUGGCACAUGUUCACUGCCCUUGGAUUAUGCUGUCAAUGCCAUCUUCCUUCUGUUCCUCGUCCUGCACCUGGUGUUUGGCUACCGGGCUGUGAGCACCACGGCCGCACACCAGACCCGGCUACACCACCUCUACCUAGUGAUGGGCCAAGGCACAGAGAGUCUUGCUGGUGAUGAGACUGGCCAAGGGUGAGUUGGCUUUUGAGGGCAGAGGAGGCAACCUAAGACCAAAACUAACUUAAGAGUAAUACGGAAGAAGUUGGCAAAAAAUUUAUAGUCCGGUUACUGAGGUGUCUUCUACUCUCCUCUUGAUGCAUUAUUGAGUUCUGAGCCAAGGCACCAAGUUGUUACUCUAGUCUCGGGCUUCAUCAGACUUUUAUUUAGCAGUGCAGACGGCUUCAGUGUCAUUGCUUCCUUGUCAAAGCAGGUCUCAGUGUUAGUGCUAUAUCAUCAAACAAGAAGCAUUAUGAAAAUGUAUAGACAUUCCAGAGACACAAGUGAGUGGCUGGUUGUGGCUUUAAGGCAGUCUGACAAGGAAGGUUUCUGUCAUUUCAAACACACAAAACAUCUUCACUUGGUUUUAUCAUCUUGAAGUGUCUCUGUAUUCAAACUGCUGUAACUUCUAGUCACUGCUUGCUCAUAGAAUCUUCUCUAGUCAGCCUUCCAAAAAUUAUGAAUAGCUUUCCAUCUGCUACAGCUCAGUUGUGAAGAUUAGAAGCCAUGAAGUCAUAGACAUAAUCUUUAAGUGAAAAUACUGUGUGUGUAAAGCAAAAAAGAUGCUAUUAAGGGAAAAUAAGCCAUCAUCAAGUUGAGUCAAUCACCACUGAAAUAGAAAAUGUCUUGACCCAUCAUUGUGAAUUCAAAGUGCCUAUAAGAACAUGCAUACAAAUUCUUGCAAUGGUCACUAGAUUGGCUAGAAAGGAUAACAGAAGGCUGUUAGUAUCAGUGAGAGCUCUCUUUCUGUAUAUCACCAGACAACUAAAAAGUGGCUAAUAAACACACCAUUGUUUUA